AUGCGGAAUAAACAACCACUUGAUAACAUCACCAUAAAUCUGACCUUGUUUAAGGUUAGCAAGACUUAUCGAAUCCCAAUUUUUGACGAGUCCUUCGAUUUUUGUGCUUUCAUGGGAGAAUCGGGAUUAGCUAAAAUAUACUAUUUCAUAUUCCAACAUUUUAGUAAAUUCACGAAUGCUAAUCACUCCUGUCCUUACCAGCACGAUAUCAUCUAUUAUGGCAUCGACAAUGAAAGAUUUUUAUCCGAGAUACCAGCUCCCAAGGGUAACUACAUUUUACAGAUGAGAGUGGCCAUCUAUAAAAAGUGGAAAGUUAUUGUAAAAUUCUUUGCUGUUCAACAUUAA